UUUUCUCUCUCUCUUCCUCUUCCUUCCCCCUCUCUCUGUUUGAGCGAACGUUUCGUAUCAUUCCGUGUCAUCUCGUUUUUCGAUUUUUCGACGAGGAAGACAAUCGUGAUCGAGGAUGGUAAUAGAGGGAUCUCGCGAUUUCGUUAUUUUUGUCGGGUUAACCUCGGUCGGUUAUGUGGAAGGAGAACAAGCGACGUUCGAUCAUCAUAGGCGAAACGAUCGUUUUAACCGUGUCGUUGACUUCACGGUGUAUACUCGAGCUCCACUCGCCUCGUCCAGUCGCAAUUUAAAUAUUUAUAAGAACGAGAAACACGGAUUCGCUUUACGGGUCGUUCGUACGGAACGAUAUGUUCGUUUCAAUAUUCUUCGCCGCGAUAUCUUUGAAAUCGCCAAAAAAAAAAAAAAAAAAAAAGAAAACGUAAGAGUUCGACCGAGUGGAAUUAUACAUUCGUUACGCGUAAAAGAGAAGUUUGAAAAGAGAAUGUUAUCGAUCAUCGUGAAUAGAAGAUUGAAAUAUUUCGUGAAAGGCUGGAUCCGAAGAUGUAAUAGACGAAUUGAAAAUGUGAAAGGUGUUAGGGUGUCGGGAAGCGAAGAAAUAGGUUAGUAUCUCGUUAACGAACGAUGGAGACAGGAGAAAGAAAUUCGUGGCUGUUUCGCCGAAUUGCAAAAAAACUGUUUUCCUUCUGCGCGUUGAAAGUGACUUUGUACGUACGUUUCGCUGGACUUCUCGCGUCUAGCGAAAAACGAGACGACCACCGUUCAGGCAACAGACUGAAAUAUAAAACUGGUUGUACGAUUUUUCGUCGCGUAUCUCACGUUACCCGUUGCGUCGAUCCUCGUCGAUCGAUCUUUCCAUUCUUUUCGUUUCGAUUCACUUUCCCGUGACGCGCCACGGAUACCUAUUCAACGAGAUCACGCGAUUAAAUUGCUCGAAAGAAAUUCGAAAAAAAGCGAUAACGAAUUUUUCCAUCGAUAAUCGGACGAAAAUAAAUCAUUUCUUUGACGCGUUCGAUCGCGAUCGAUUUAUCGUAUGCAUUUACGAUAAAUGGAAAUUUUUACGAUAAAUUACAUUAUUAUCGAUACAUGUACAGUAUCGCGCGUGAAAUCGAUCGUUAACGUCCGUACUUACUUUUAAUACCCUUCUCGCGUCUGAAACGAUAUAUAUUUACGAAAUAAUUGUUCUUGAUACAUAUAUUCGUUUUAAUCGAGCGUUUUAAUCGAAUAAAUGUCGCUUUCUUUCCAUAAUACGUGGAGCAGCUCGACAUUGAAGAAAUCGUUGUCUCAAAGAGAAUUUGAGAGGACUUUUCGAAAAGAGAAAAAAAAAGUUAGGGAAAAUUAUUCGAACUUCUCUUUCCCUCGCCAAUCAAAAAUUUCUCAUUCGCGUCUCGCGAUUCCAUUCGGGAAUCGAAGUUGAAAAGAAAAACUUGAAUUUAUUUUCUUCGCCGCCAGAUCAAAGAUUCUUGCGGUCUUGGUAAUUGAUCUUCGCCUCUUUCCCUUACUCAAAGAUUUCUGCGGUAAAGAAAAUUAAAUUCCAAGUUCGAAGACGAUUAGAAGGGAAGAAGUUCGCUUCGAUCGAAGCCUCGGUCGCGUUGAAGAAGGAAAACGAAAGAAGAGAAAGAGGGGAGAUUGAAAAAGAAAAAGAGAAAAGACAGAGUCCGGCGCGCAAUUAGCCAGUCGGUGUGACGAAACCGCUUCUCGGCUCGGCUCGGCUCGGCCUCGUGAGAACUAGGCGAGCCUUAAAUCGUAUUCCGCGCGCGUGUCACUACACGCCGGGCGAGUUCUCUUUCGCUCGAAACGAGUUCUUGAGGACGCGCUCGCGGCGUGACGGAGGUCGCGAGAAGAAAGGGAAGAAAACCACCGGUGCAACCGGUAAUCGCUCGCGGAUAAGUGCCGGUUGCUCCUCCAUUCGACCCGCUUGUCCUCUCAAAUCACGCACCUUCGUAAUUACAGUUUUCGACCUGUUCCUCUCUCUCUCUCUUUCUCCAUUCUCCGCGCUCGUUUUUUCUAUUUCGAACAAGGCUCGCAUUAUCUUUGCGACAUCUUCCCCGUAUAUUUCCUUAAUAAAACACCGAUACUCGCGGAUUAUUAAUCGCUGGAUACUGAUAUAUCAGCUUAUAAGAUAAAUUGUUAUUUUCUCUGCUAUAAUGAUAGAUAGAAAAAUUUUCUAAGAAGAAAAGAAAGGAAGGUGGUUUCGUAACGUGGUGAAUAACGAUACAAAGUGUGCGAUCGAAACGGUUUAUCUAUCGGUUCUCCACGCGAUUGCAACGUAAUUUCGUAGAGCGUAGAAACGAACGCAGGUGAAACCAUCCAACGUCCACGUUCCCGAUUCGUCGCGGUAUGAUGCAUUUUCACGCGAGCCGCGGAUCAUUUUCGUGCCCUCCCCUCCCCUCCCCUCUUUUUCUUCGCCUCGUUUACUCUCUUUCCGCGUAUUUUUUUUUUUUCCUCCUCGCUCUCCCUUCUCUUCCCUCUUGCAUGUCGCUCGACAAUGGCACGGAAACGCGAGCGUGUCGCGUCGCGUCGCAUCGUGUCGUGUCGUAUCGUGUCGUGUCAUGUCGUGUCGUGCCACAUUCCCAACAUCCUGUUAACGAUGAUGCGAGAGCGAGCUUCGUGAAAAUUCACGAUCGACCACGGAUCUUCCUCGUUGAUUCCUCUUAACAAUAAAAUCGACUACACCGUCGCACCGUCGCGCGUUUCUUGUAUAUACAAACAAAAUUCCUGUUGAAAAAAAAGUUGAUUCACCCCGAUGGAAAGCGAACGAAUUGCAACGCGUGACUCGCGUUGGCUAAUGAAACGAAACGACGACCGCAAUUAAGAGGAUCAUGAAGGGAGAGAGAGAGAGAAAGAAAGAAGAAUUAUUUUCAACGUCGAGAGAAGAACCCUUCGAUUUCUUCGAUUUCUGAUUUUCUCCUUUUUUUCCAUCCAACUUCUUCCCUCGAAUUUCCAAAAAACUUUCCAAAUCGUCGAGGAACGGACGUGUUUUAAGCGCGGCUAGGGAAUUUUCUUUUUCUCGCGCGAGCAAAAGUAACGGUGGCGGUGAGGGAGGGGGGACGAAGCGAGAAUGAUGGGACGAUAAGAUAUGCGCGGGCAUUGGAUGGAAGAAGGCGGAGGACCGCAAGAGAUCGAUUCCGAGACCCGAUCUCUGGUGAUCCCCGCGCGAGAGGAGAGAUGUGGAGCGCCGAUACGAACCGUGAGCCGAUCUAAUCUCGCGGCUGGCCGCCGUUAUCGUCAGUCCCGCGUCAACGGCCGACGGUGCUCGUAACGCGUUCGUCCCUCGUUCGUGCCGGUAAUUGCACGAUCGAAAUCGCGAGAAAUUGUCGGGCCGAAACGCGCACUGUUGCGACGUUUCCACGGUGCUCGAGCCGUGUGAUAAAUAAAGUACGCGGUUUGAUCGAUAAUCGCCAUGGAGACGGGCCAUAAAACCUGGACGACUCGACUUGUUCGAGCCUCGAAAUUAGUCGCGACGCGAGUUCGACAAAUCUGAAGUUGUUCGUUAUUCGAAUACCUCUUGUUGUGCGGGGAGAAGAGUUUCUUUGUUCUUUUUUUUUUUUUUUUUUUUGUUUGCAGGAUAAUAUUGUUGAUCCGUUAAGGAAGGAAAAAGGUAGUAGCCUCGAUCGAUCCCAAUUAGGGAAAUACGAAAAACUAGACUGCGUUGAUUCAUCGACGCAAAAGAAGGUAACGUUGUUAUCGACAAUUUUUUCGUUCGAGAGUUUUAAAGUUUCUCCAAGCCGUGGCGGAUGUCGAAGCGCGUUGUCCGGCUCGCGUUUUAUUAAACGCGAUUGCGCAACGCCGUCCGAGUUUUCUUUCGCCACGGUGUGCCCCGACGUCACUUUCUCUUCUCUCGUGGAAAAUUAUUACGUUCCGCAAUUUCCGCCGGACCCGGCGGCGCGCCAACCAACGCGCGUAUCCGGUUGGAAUGCAAACGGACGGAUCGUGCAGGUGGUAGAGGUGUGACCGAGCGCUGUGAAACACCGCCGAUUUUGCAAUAACAAACGAUCGAACGUGUUGCUGCCGUUCGAAACGUAGUUCCAAGCGUGGCUUGAAAAUUCCGCCGAUCUUCUAUUCGCUCGCUUCUUCAAACCCCAAGUGUUCGAAGAUAUUUCGAUUCGUCGAAAUUUUAAGCGGAUUCGAAAAUUAUUUAUUGGGAACGAAUUGUACAGGAGGCUAAAUAUAUAAGGAACUUUUUUGUUCAAGGUUUUUGAAAAAUAUAGAUAAUUUUUAAUUCGAUACAAAUCGAUAGAAAAUUAUCAUACGUGUAAAGAAAUGUGGAGUUAAUUUUAUUUCGUUGAAAACUUGUUCGAUCCGAUUUUCUCGCGUUAAAAAAAUAUUCUCUUAUCGAUGAUUCGUUCGCAUCCAAUAGAAACGAAACGUUCUAGUUUACAUUUUUUUCUUGUUUUUUUUCGCACAUUGAGAGUCACCACUCAACCUGUACAUUCCUAAUAUAUUAAAAUCGAUUAAAUUGAACGAAAGGAAAACUCUCUCGCGAAGGAGUCUUUUUUUUCGCAGCGAUAGAAGCGUUCGCGUCUCUCGAUCCGCGAAGAGGUGUUGGGUAAACACCGUGGGCGCCCGACGUGGGCACGUCUUUGGCCUGGAUUUUGCCUAGGAAACUUACCUCGAUCGAUGAUUCUAAUCCAAUAACCGAGACUAGUUAAAAAAAAAAAGACGCAGCCAUUUCCAAAGGUUACGCCAUUCUUCCCAACAGAACGAAACUACGGGUCUCACUACGAUAGGAUAAAUCGCCUUUCUAACAGCGCGAAAGAAUAACUUUGAUAGCGAUAAUUUUCGGUCGAAAAUGGUGCGGCGGAUAGAGAAGGUCGCGUGGGAAAACACGGGUCCCCGAGGCGAACCGAGGGAAAAGGAGGACGAGACGAGGCGGUCGUGAAAUCUUGAGAAAAGUAAUACGCGAAAACUAGGUGGUAGUGGUAGUAGUUGGCUCGUUAAACGCAAUUAGGAACGAGGGCGCGAUUGUUCUGCCAUCUACGGUCGAAGGAUUCGCGCAUUCUCAAUGGCCGAAAGGAGAAGUGUAUCCUCGAAUCGUUUUCGUUCAAAGGAUCAUCGUCCACGAUAUACAUACAUAUAUAUACACAAAUAGAUCGUUCGCCUCUCUUGUUUUCUUCUCGAGAUCUCGAAGGAAGGAAGGAAAACGAACGAAUAUUCCGUGGAAAUAUUGCAGAGACUUUUCCAACUUUUCUCGGGGAUCCGAUGUGAAGAAAUUGUUAAGAGUUAGAGAAGGAGAGAGAAUCGUGGAGAGGAAGAGAGAAGAUGGUGGUGUCCCGCCGGGAGGGUAGCAUAUCGUCCAACAUACGGGCGAUAAUCGAGCAGCUGAACCUGAAUCCGGUGGAGAGGAGGCGGUUGAUCGACCGGACGAAGCAGGACGGCGCGCGAUGCGUGGUGGGGUAUCACCAGGGCGUGCAGCCCGCGGCGAAGAUCAGCAUCGGCGUGUACGGGUGCAAGGAGAAGGUCGGUUACGAGAUACCGGGCGGCGGCCCGAUCAGGCGCGCUGUGUGCAGGCUCGGGCCGGAUCGGUCGAGGCCCAGGCAGGAAGCGGGGCAGCGAAAGAUCUUAGCCCCGAUUAAGAAAGAGGGUGCGGCCCGCGAGGAUGCGGCGGUCGAGGAGGAGAAGGCGGAGGAUAAUGGGUUCGGAUCGAUAAGAUCGAUGAGCAAAGUCGAGGAUCGACCGAGACCGAAAUCGGAGAACGGGCGGACGGCGACGAUCCCUCGGGCGAACCGAGAGCGAUCGGUUCGAGCUGAAGAUACGAUCGAGGAUAAAGGAUCGGCGAGAUGUUCGUGCUCGAGGAUCGAGGAUCGGCCACGCUCGAAGCCGGAGACGAGGCAGAGGAUCCCGCCGUUGAUCAAAGACGCGAUCCCACGAAUCGAGGAGGAGGUGAUCGAGGGCUCAAAAUCGCCGAAGGACACGGUCGAUCGUGUUAUCCCUGUGGCCAAAGAGGAUUUGCCGGAGCUGGAAAGCGCCAGUUUGAGCCACACCGCGGCCCAUCAUCGAAUUUCAGUCCGGCCUAAAAACCGAAGGCCUCCGAGGCGGAGCGGGUCGCAAGUGGCGGCCACGCCCACGUCGACCAUCACGACGAUAGCGGAGGACUCGUUGGACAGUCUGCAAAGCGCGAACAACAGCAAUGCGUCGACGCCGACGGAGUCGAAGAACCCGUCGAUCGGGAGGAAAUCGUCGAACCGUUUGUCGCGCACGUCCGACAUUUUCGAGGAGUUGGAAGCGAAGCUGCCUAGAAAGCCGCCGAGCGUGGCCUCCUUGUCCCCGGACAGUCUGGACGCGGUGGAGAUGAACGACGAGCAGCAAACAGCGGAUAUCCGUGGAUCGAUCGCGAGGAAAUCGUCGAAUCGCACGCCAAAGAAUACAGAGAUGUUCGAGGAGUUGGAGUCUAAGCUGCCCAGAAGGAGAUCCGCCUCGAACAGAUCGUCGAAAUCGCCGGACAGCUUGGAGUCGGCCAACGGUUGGUUCUCCAAGUCGACGGAGGGCUUCGAGAAAUUGAUGGAAUACGAGGAGGUGAAACCCGUUACGCGAAGAUUGCUCGGCCCGAUCUCGAAAUCGACCGACCGGGUGUCCAAGUCGUCCGACAGUUUGGAAGCCAUAGAGGCGUUGACCAGCGACGAGUCGAUCGAGCGUAGAAGGAGCAGCUUCGAGUUGCGCGCCCGUAGAUCCUCGAAGAAGAUGUCGAAAUCGUCGGAAAGCUUCGAGAUGUUGGAGCAGAUCGGAACGGAGAGCGGUGUUGAAGAGAUGAUGCUUCAGAAGAGGAGCAGCAUCUCGGAUAUCAAUUUGUCAAGGGGAAGAAGGUUGUCGAAGAGCAUCUCGAAAUCGUCGGAGGAUUUCGAGAGAAUCGAGACAAGCGAGUCGAGAGAGGAGGAUGCGAGGGAAAGUUUGGGCAAAUGUUGCAGAAGAUCGUCGAAACGGAUGUCGUCCGAGAGCUCUGAUAAUUUGGAGUCGGAGGACAGAUUGGAGAACAGAAGGAUGAGAAGGGCGCCGAAGAGGAUACCUAGCACCAGCUACGUGGACAUAGUUCCGAUGGACGAUCAGGAGGAGGAGAAGAGAGCGGUCACGGUGCAAAGGAAACCGUGCAGACUUCAGAAAUCGUCCGAGAGUUCGGAGCUUGGCAGCACGGAUACUUUAGAUUCCGAGAGGAGGAACAAAUCGUCCGAGAGUACCGAAACUUUGGACAGUUUGGAGAGAGAUUUGGAUCAGGAUAGGAAACAGGAAGAUCUUACGGACACCGUUGCGGAUAGACGCGAGAAGAACGAUCCUUGGACCAAUAAAUCCCUAAUGAUGUCACAUUCGGAUCAAAUGGCGGAUAGUACAGAAGACUCUAAACCGUUGAUCUCGCCUGAUAAAUUCUAUUGGCGACAAUCAUCGGAAUCGAAGGAGAACAUCGACAUACAUCAGCUGCUAGCCAUCACUAUAGUUACCAGAAUGGCCGACAACGGCAACAAUCAACGAAGCUCUGUGAUUUAUCCUAAGAAAAAGCAACAAAUCACCACGUCGCAGCCUACCUCGCCAGUCGCUAAACAAGAAGACAACAAGAUGAUUUUUGACAAUCUCCUCGUUAGCAAGAAUGACGAGGAUUUACAAAAUAUGUUAAACGGUAAUAUAUCCGAAGUGUCUACGGAUACGAAGAGUUUCAAGGAGAAGCUAAUCAUGUUCGAGAAACUCGGAAAAUAAGCGUUACACGCAUUCACACGUAUUAACAGAUAUGCAUCGUUUGAUUCAUUUUGGAAGACGAAUAGGAAAAGAAUCGAUGCGGUUAAAAAAUGAUCAGAAUUAUAUAAAGCCCCCUUUUUCUGUAAACUUUUUUAUAUCUGGAUUUUAUUUGUAGACUGAAUAAGCUGUGGAAAUAAUGAAAUAACGAACGAAGAUGUGUUCGACUGGUUAAGACUAUAUAAGAUGGACAAUAAUAUAAAAAUUAUUCACCUUAAAUUUUUAUAACGUUUUUCAUAAAACAUGUCUUCGUUUCAAACUUGUAAACUUGAACAAAAGUAAAGGAAAGAAGCAAGUGGAAAAUGAUAUGGAAUCGAGAUAUGUAAAAAGAAAAAAAAAAAAAAAAAAAAAAAAAAAAUAUUAAGUUCGCCUGUGGCGAGAAAGUUGUAAGGUUAACGUGUUUAAACGUAAUUAGCUGUAAUUAUUUGCGAUUCGUGUGUUAUUUAACUUCUUCCGUUGCAAUCGUAUUUUGUUUUUUCUUCUUUUCUUAACAAACUUCACAUACACGAUAAGAUAGUCGAUCAUACAAAAAAAUGCAGUAUUAGGUGGUGCGCGAUAUCGCAGAGCAAUAUAAUCGCGCGUCGUGCUUACAAAUUCUUCUCGUGUUAGGAGUUAGUGUUUCUUGUUGUACAGUAGUUUAGAGACGCCAAUAAAUGUCGUGUUUCGUUCCACUGUGUAAAUACAAAGAAGAAAACCCCGUUACAGAAUUAGACACGAUCGCGAAAGAAAGAAUACGAAUUUAAAGAAUAUAAAAAAGAGAAUAGAUAAAAAUAGCGUCGACACGUAUUUACAAAGUGUUUAAUGGCCAGGCGAGCCAUAAAACAAACACAGGGUAUGUUGUUAGACAAAAACAUAGUUCGAAAUUAUUCAUAUCUAGAGACGUUAUGGUAAUCUUUGGAAAAUGCUGUCUUUCCAUACUGAUUUAACAAUUUUUAAACGUCGUUAAAAGUAAUUCGUUUGAAAAAAAAAUCGAAAAUAUUUCUAGUGUUUAUCUUUUUUUUUUAUAUUUUCAGUACACGAUAAAUGAUUUUAAUUUUUGAUUAUUUAUUAUUGAAAUGAUCAAAAAUUCCAUGUUGAGAUGAAAAAAAAAAUCAUGAUUUUUUGCCGUGUACGUUUAAAGAAAAAUAAUGAUUCAUCGUAGGGUGAAGAAAAGACGUUAAAGCGUAUCGUCUCUAUCACGUAACACCGCGUGAAAGACAAGAUACUUCUUUCCAGUCUUUUAAGUGCCUUAACGAAAAAGUAAGUAUUAGGGAAUCGACUGGUUGCAAACAUUGUUGGAUAAAUCAGAAACUCACUUUCCUCUCUCUUGACCACAUCCCUUUUUUAGUUUUCUAGCUGAUCAUAAACGUCUCAAAUCCCAAAAAAUAUGCAUAGAUUGUUAGAUUAAUAAAAAUAUAAAUAGAGAAUUGAAUUAAUAUGUAAGAAUUCUCUAAGAACGAAUAAGAAUUCGCAUAAUUAAAAGAAAUAUAUAAAUAAAUAAAUAUAUAUCUAUAUAUACAUAUAUAUAUAUAUAUAUAUGUAUAUAUAUAUAUAUACAUAUAAUACAGAAAGAUCAUCCGUUUUAAUGUAAAUAAAGCUGCCAUCGUAAUUACAGUUCGACAACAAAAUUUUUUUUCUCUUUAUUAAACCUGCAUUCCAAUGCGCCAAUCACGUAUCCUUAAAAAAUUACAAAAUACCUCGACACACUAAAUACAUUAUCUAUUUUAUACGUGGCAA